AUGGAAGCAUAUCUGUGCUGGGCGCUAUUCUUAAAGCCAGCCCUGUUCAACACCACUUGUCGGCUCCAAACAUUGUGGCACUUCCAACCAUUGAAGCUCUGGACGGAGUUGCGGAAUUCGAGCUGGGUACGACCAAUUUCGGCCGCCACGCCUUCUCCGCAAAUGAAAGAUUGUACAGGAUUCCGCAGGAGUAUCCGGAAGCCAAGGCUCAAGCCGACCUGUCCUUCUGCGUGUUAG